AUGUCCCGGCUAGAUAAUUCGCUUUCGAUUACUGAUGCUUCCGCUUUCCUCUCCCUGCAAUUCUCCUAUUGCUACCGAUGUAAGCUUAGCAGCUGGCCAAUCAUACAGUUGCUAGCAUCUAUCGACGCAAUGCAUUUCGGUUUUAUAUUGGCUCUCAGCUGGGUGCUCCAUUUUACUGCCGCCCUUAAGAGUGGCUCGUACUCACGGGAAAUAUCCGACGUAAAAUUAUUCUUCUAUGCAGCUAAUUUAUCUGGAGAGAUUGAUAUCUCAACUAGCAACUACACGUUGCCAGGCUUCGACCCAAGAAAAUGGCUCAAAGUUUUGAUACACGGCUGGUCCGCCGAUCGUAACCACGUGGCUACGGCUCCGGUGAGGAAUGCUUAUCUCGUUCAGGACGAACACAACUUACUGGUUGCGGAUUGGGCAAAAGCUUCCGCUUUACCGUACAAUGCCGCUCGAGGACUGGUGCGUCCGGUUGGGUAUCGGAUCGGUGAAAUUUUAUCAGCAUUUAUCCGAGAAAACGGUAUCCAGCCCGACCAGGUGCACAUUGUUGGACACAGCUUGGGCGCACACAUCGCCGGCAACGUGGGUAAAUAUUUUGGCGGUAAACUGGCAAGAGUUACUGCAUUAGAUCCAGCUGGUCCCCUGUUCGUGCGGCGUUCGGUCGAUGCUGUGAGCAGCUCGGAUGCUCAAUUUGUCGAUGCUAUCCACACCGAUGGAUUGGUUCUGGGAGAAAUAGUAGCUCGAGCGGAUGUUGAUUUCUAUCCAAAUCAGGGUGUGCCCAGCCAGCCAGGAUGCGAACUUUUAGAUACUUUAACACUUCAUGCUUGCAGCCACUAUCGUUCGCCAGCGUUUUUCGCCGAAUCGAUCCUUCUUCCUUUCAAUUUUGUUGCUUAUCGCUGUGAGCUAAAGGAAAUUUUCGAUAACCCGUCAACUCACUGCGGGAAACAGCCAAAACCGAUAGUCAUGGGUGAGCGUGUCAAUCAGGGCGCACGAGGAACUUAUUUUCUGGAAACAUCUAAUUUGCCGCCUUAUGGACUCGGAAACCGAACUGAGCUGCUGUGA